AUGAUAAACCCUUCAUCUGACUACCGUGCCGCAUCAGGGUACCAGCAACAGGCUGCAUAUGGUGCCGGAGUGCAAAGAAGUUCCACAGGAGCCAUUGGUCAACAGGGAGGAGCUGGUUCUGCUGCCGGCACCGCUUCCGGUGGAGCUGCAACCGGUGGAGUUCAGCAACCCUUCUAUAAUAAUCAAGAUCAGUAUCAGUAUCAGCAAUUAUUGAAUGGCCAACAACAACAACAGCAACAGGCCCAAGUUCAACAGCAACAAGCUCAGGCCUCUCAACCCCAAGCCCAGUCAUAUCCAUCAUACUAUAUGCAAUAUAACCAGGGUCAACCACAGGGUAACCAGCAAGGUCAACCUCAGGCAGUUCAAGGGCAAGGUGUUCAAUCACAGGUCGGUCAAGGAAGUCAAUCAGCCAGUGGUGGAUUCCCAGCCUCUUCUGCAGUUGGUGGUCUGAGUGGAGCUAACUCCGCUGCUGACCAAGGAUACGCAUACCAAAAAUAUGCUUCCGCUUACGUACCAACCUACUCGUCCAUGUACCAGCAACCGCAACAGCCACAAGGUCAAGGUCAAGCUCAGCAGGCUCUGGCCCAUCAAUCUCAAGUUCAAGCAGCUCCAUCAUACGGUAAUAGAACCGCUGCCGGAACUGGAGCUAGUUAUGGAUCCAACCCAGCUGCUGGUGCUUCAAGUACUGAUGCUGCAGUUGGUGUCAGCUCUAAUGGUACCCCGGUCCCUAAUGACACUCUUUCUGCCUCCAAUACUUCGUCCGUUGGUCAGUACCAACCACCAGGUAUUCGCCCUAGAGUUACGACCACCAUGUGGGAAGACGAAAAGACUCUUUGUUACCAAGUAGACGCCAAUAACGUCUCUGUGGUCAGAAGAGCCGACAAUAACAUGAUAAAUGGAACCAAGUUACUCAAUGUUGCCCAAAUGACCAGAGGUAGAAGAGAUGGAAUUUUAAAGUCUGAAAAGGUGAGACAUGUAGUCAAGAUUGGAUCUAUGCAUCUCAAGGGUGUAUGGAUUCCUUUUGAAAGAGCAUUAGCCAUGGCCCAGAGAGAGGGAAUAGUCGAUUUGUUAUAUCCUUUGUUUGUGAGAGAUAUCAAGAGAGUAAUCCAAACUGGAGUAACUCCUAACCUGGCUUCUGUGGCCUCCAGUGCACAACCACUGAAUCCUGCUCAAGCACAAGUUCAAGCUCCUCCAGGUGGAUCUUCAGGUCAACAAUUACAGCCUGCAAGCUCAGGUGCUGUAGGCAGUGGUAAUGCAGCAUCAGCAGCUUCCACUAAUGGUGCACCUAAUUCACAAAUGAAUUUAGGAGGCUACUAUCCUUAUGGUGGUCAACCUUCUUACGGACAGCCAAUCAAUGGUGCCCAGCAACAAUCACCACUCGUUUCUGCAGUUGCGACUGCAGGAUCUUCAAAUUCUGAAAGUGCUCAACAUUAUUCGGCAGGCUCUUCUGCUCUGCAGCUGCAACCUGUUCAGCAAUUGCAACAGCAACAAGCUCAACCGCAACAAGCUCAGCAGCAAGUCCCUCAAUCACAAGGCGGAGCUCUGCAACAACAGGUAUAUGGAUACCAACAACCAACUUACCCUAACCAGUACUAUCCAUACAACCCUAACGGUGGAUACUACUCACAGUAUAACUCUCAACCAAUGUACCAAGCUGCAUACGGUUAUGUAGGGGGACAACCAGUUCUUCAACAACAGCAACCACAGUUACCACAUCAUUCUCAGUCUCAAGAUUCUAGAGGAGCACAUCACCCUGGUGCAGGUCAUGAUUCAUCUGCCAGCGUUAAUGGUACAGGAGAUUCCAACGAUACAAACACUUCUGUGACGUCAACUGGCAGUGAACUCAAGAAAGAUAAAGAUUAG